AACUUCAAAAAGAUGUGAAAAUGGAUUCCCUGGAAGGAUACCGGGCCUAUUUGGUAAACUGCUCUCAGUCUUUGAUACUGGAUCAUGGCUACUGGAUGUCCAAGGGUGAGAAAGACCUGAAGGACAUUGUGAUGGUCAGAUUGAGCGGUUUGCUUUUAAAGAGUCUGGAUCAGAUUGGAUCAUGCAGAGCACUGCGGAUUUGCGUCUUGGCUGACAACUUUCUAACCAGGAUUGAUGCUCUGAUGGAAUGCACUUGCUUGGUGAAGUUGGAUCUGAAAGGAAAUCAGAUUGUUCAGCUUCCUGAUGUUUCACGUUGGAGUAAUCUGAAAGAACUGCAACUUCUAUAUCUACACGACAACAACAUGUCAGCCUGGAACAAUAUUAAAGGCCUGGCCGGCUGUUUAAACCUGACUGCUUUAACUCUCUUUGACACCCCGCUUAGUUUGAAGAAGAACUAUAGACACUGUCUGGUCAACAACAUAUGGUCACUGAAGGCCUUGGACAACUUUGUUAUCUCUGAUGAGGAAAUCAUUCAAAACUGGACUCUUCCCUUUCAAUUCAAAGCCAUGAAACAACACUUUUGUGUCAGUUUGUACCCAUGUACAAAGUCGGAUUCAUUUGAGACAGAGAUGAAAGUGGCAUAUAAAAUAAUCUCUGAGAUAAACAGGAUUCAAGCCUUUUAUUCCCCUACACUUAUUAUACAGCGUUGGAUUCGAGGUUAUUUAAUCAGAAAAAGUCUUGGACUUUGCAGCACAAAGAAACGGACAGAGUCUGGGAAACCAUUUAUUACCAACCCACCUGUUAGGACAGAAAAUGACCAGGUACCAUCUCAGUCUGAGAAAACUACAAAGGAGGACACAGAUGACCACAGCGAGCAACCAAAGGAAAAGGGGGAGAGAGUUACAGAGAUCAAAAGACUUCAUGUGAACCUUAAUAAUCUUAUGCAAGCUGACUACCCAGAGGAUUUACAGGAGGCUACAAAUGCUAAAUCAGAUGACAAUCUACAAAACAUAAAAGCACCAUGCAACAGCCCUCAAAUCAGUCCAAGACUGAAAUCUGAAGUCCAACUUAACACAUCUUGUGACCAAGACAUCAGUGUGACCGCUGAUCCCUGUAAUGAAGAAAUUGAAGAAGGAACCUUUCGUGUUUUGGGACUAAAGGCUUCGGUCCACCAGGGUGAGCCACUGAGUGACAUGAUGUGGUCCCGUAAAGCUGCAGGACAGGAUGUCCGUGAGGCUAUCAGCCAUUUUCACACUCACAGGCCAGGUCUACAGCCGCACUCACCUGUCAUUACUUCAGGAAAGCAUCUGAUUGGUCGCUGCCAUGAUGGCAUCAGCCUCACCCCCUUCAAAAUCAUUGAAAAAGCUCAUCAAGCAUUUGAGAAGGCCAGAAAGCAGAGAGACCUUGCAGAGAAGGUAACUGAGCGCCACAUUGACCGCGAAGUAGCCAAGGGUCGACGGGAUAACUUUAAAGAGGCUCGCAGGACGGAAGUCCGUCUCCGUCAAGAGCGGGAAAGAGUGGAUAUGGAAAAAACUCUUAGUCUACAGAGAGCCAAGCUGGAGCAGGACAUCCACCAUGCACGUCAAAAACAUGCCCGGUUUUUGGAAGAGAAGAGGAUGAGGAUUCAGGAGCAAGAAAUGGUUUGCAGUUUCAGCCAACAGCACAACACCCUAGCGAGGGCUGUGCUCAGAUACAACACUUGGAAACGUGGUAACCAGCAAUAAAUGCAUGAUUGUUUUUGAUUAAACACUCAGUUUAACAUAAGCUUUACACAAUGGUUAGUUAGAACCCUUUGCGUACAGUUUCAAAAACAGAUUUACUCCACUAUUAUUUAGAAUAGUAUAUUAUAGUACUUACAAGACAUCUGCAAAGAUUACACUAUAGACAGUGCGAUCUGCUCCUCUUUUCAAAAUCCAAAAUAUUACAUAACAGGUAUCCAGAA